CAUUUACUCAUAUCAUUAGGUCUCUUUUUACUAUUUAAACAGAAUCUGACUGUACAGGUAGACAUGAGAUUUGAACGUCUAUACAUGUAGACAUCUGGAUUCUCCGUCACUCUUUACGCUACCGAACAAAUACUGUCUCCCAAUCCAGUCCAUUCCUGUGUCCUUACAUGCUCGCAAACACAUCCAGAUGCCCUAUUUGAAAGAUAUCCUGUUUCAGUCUUAAUAAGGUUAAUUUUGAAAUUAAUUUUGAUCUGUUUUUGCCCUGCAUUUGAAGUGGGUCUGCAAAUUUCAACGAGUUUUGCCAUUUUCAUUCUUGCAUUUAAAUUGGGUUUUCCAAUUUCAGAGGGUUCUGACGAUCUCAGCUCGUUUAUCAAGUCUGUUAUUGAAUUGGGUUUGCAGAACAGGAAACGAUUGAUUGUGUUCGGGAAAAAAUAAUAAGAUGGGGUGCCAGGGAUGCAAAGGCUUUGUGGCCUUUAUCUUGAAGCUUUUGAAUUUUUUUCAGGCUUUCAUUGGGGUGGCAAUGAUUAUUUAUGCUAUAUGGAUGCUUAAUCAAUGGAAAUCUCAUGUACCCAACCCUCCUUCACCGCUCGCACCCACACCUAGCGAUGAUUUGUCUGUAGAGUCGAUGAUGAAUCAUAUGUCUGUUGGGCAGCUCGAGGUACCGCUUUCGAAUCUCCGAUUUACCACUGGUGCAGAUCAGCAGAUACCAUUUCGGAAGGUUUUACAGAAUCAUCCUGGUUUAAUGAAUGGAUUGGAUCUUUCUAAUCAGAAACUUCCUGCACCCUGGUUUAUCUACAUAUUUCUUGGCAUUGGCAUCAUUGUUUGCGUAAUAACUUUCAUUGGUCACAUUGCAGCAGAGAUAACCCACGGCUGUUGUUUAUGCUUUUAUUCGGUUCUAGUAAUAUUCCUUAUUUUACUUGAAGCAGCUUUGGUGGGAGAUAUAUUCCUUAAUCAUCAUUGGGAAAAGGAUAUUCCAGAUGAUCCAACUGGAGAGUUUGAAAGCAUUAAGAAGUUUAUUAAAGAUAAUGUGGAUAUAUGCAAAUGGGUUGGUCUUGCAAUAGUAAUAAUUCAGGUGUUCUCUUUGCUUCUUGCUAUGAUGCUUCGAGCAAUGGUUUCGACUAGGAAUAUCAAUUAUGACAGUGAUGAGGACUAUAUGCCAAGAGGCAGCAGUCGCCAGCCUUUAUUAAAGAACCAAGCGUCCCAGACCCCUCCUGUUUCUGCUACAGGGGAGACCAGACCUAAUCGUAUAGAUGCGUGGAGCAAACGCAUGCGGGAAAAGUAUGGAUUGAACACCAGUGACUUCACUUAUGAUUCAAGUGACCCAAAAACUUCGACUUCAAAUGCAGCAUCCACUGAUGAUACUCAAAGCCGAUGUGCAAUUAUGUAGUCAUAGGUGGUUAAGGUCCUAGGAAAGAGUGCUGUCUUCUUUCUAACGAUCUUAGAUACAGCUAUGAACAGUAGAGAAGAAUUGCUGUAAAUCAAUUCCCUUCAUUCAUGGAGUUAUUUUCUAAUUCAUUAUCUUUUGACUGCACUUGGGUGUAUGGCUAAACAGCUCCUGUGCAAUAAUCAUUAUCUGUAUACACAGCUGGCCAUGGAAGUUGAUGUAACAUAAUUGUUUUAGGAGUGAGUGUGUCGUUCAUAGGCAUUUUCUCCUCCAUUUGUUUUUGUCAGUCUCUCAUCACUGUAUUUUCUGUUUAUUGAUGUGGGGCCUUUUUUCCUUUCUAGGAUAUGAAUCUGUCCUUUUGAAUUC